AUGUCAAUAUCCUCAAAACGGAAGGGACUAUCGGUAUCGGUGACACCUAGAGUAGACUUGACAGGAAAAUCGAAUCUCUUCAACUGAAAAAUAAUUUAAUUUAAUUUUUGCGUCAAAGGCCUUGGUCUGGUCUUUCUUAAUAUCUUUGAGUUUCAUUAUUAAAUAAUAUUAUUUCUUCCGCGUAUCAUGUUAGUUUUGGACGAAGUACUUGUGUAGAGUAGCCCACUGAAUACUUGGCUGGUUUAAUUAUUGCCUUCCAAGCGGAGCAAUAGAAUACCUAACUACACUUCAUCUCCAUCAACUCAGUUGGGAAUUUAACGAGAAGAAGCUACCUAUCGAUUUUACCUAUAUUUAAUUUAAAAUGGAUUUCAAGAUGCACGAGUUUACCCACGCUAUAGUGGGGAAAGCUACUCCUGGGUCGAGCUGUGGAGAUGGUGUUGAAUUCGACGAAGUACGACGUCAACAUGACUGCUAUUUGAGACUCUUGAGGGAGUUGAAUAUAGAAGUGGUUGAAGUCAAUUUGCAAGGCUCGUUGAGUGAUAAGCUCUUGCUGGAGAAUCUAGCUAUUGCUUGCCAUGGUAUUGCCCUCCUUCCAAGGAACAACUCGUCUAUUGAAGCUCACAACACAAAAAUAUUAAAAGAGAUUUUGCAAAAAGAAUUGGGCCAGACUGUCAUUGAUCAAGUAGACCCCGAUGCCAAUAUUUCAUGUGCAGAUGUGUUGUUCACAGGCCGAGAGUUCUUUGUUGGCAUUUCUGAGAACACAAAUGAAGCUGGAGCUAGCGCUGUAGCUGAAACAUUUCCUGAAUUUCCUUGCACGCCUAUUAAGAUAUCCAAAGGUUGUAAAGAAUUAAAGAAGUACAUCACGAUGGCAGGCCCUGAUGUGUUAUGUGUCAGUGCCAGCAAGGAAGCCAAAGAAUUGCUUAAGAGGAUCGAACGUGAAGCAAACUUCACCUAUCAAACUCUGACGGUUCCAGAAGACGAAGCCGCCAACUGUGUUUAUGUUAAUGGUACUCUAAUACACAGGGCUAUUGAGGAAAUCCCUGAGGCAUUCAAGGUCUUCUGUGAAAGAAUCGACUUUGCUAGAAGAUCUAUCUGCUUUUCGGAGUUCGCGAAGAUGCAGGCUGGUUUGAGUUCGUGUUGCUUGCUUGUAAGGAAACCUUAAAUCUAUUCAGUUGUAUGUUUAUGGAGUUCGAAACACCUUACCGUUCGCUAUUUUGACAAAAUAGGGGUUGGCUUCCUAAAAGUUACCAUCUAGAAUCGUUGUAUUUGAAAAUACUUCUGAUUGUAAAGUCUCGUUGUUGAUAUUAAGUUCUGACUAUUAAAUUGAAACGUACAUACUUCAGUUAGCAAAGAAACGACACGAAACUAAUGCGGACGGUGUAGGUGUUGCUUAGCUCUUGAGUUAAUAAUAAUUGAGUUAUUUACUUUAUUUACCUUUGGCCCAAUAUCACUAAAUAUAAAUUAUUUUAUUGCAAAACAAACAAGCAUCUGAAUCAAAUCGAUAAAAGUAAACUGUUUACCUACACAAAUGUUAUUGAUUUAAGAAAAUUCUUAUAAUUUGAACUAUCCUACCUCAACACAGAUUAGCUAUAUUAUGUCGCACAGUGCAAUAUUAUUAUUGUUCCACAUAGAAUUAGUUACUCCUACAAGUACAAAAAAUAGUGAAAUUGGGCUUUAAAUAAAUCUAACAACUUAUUGCUUAUUCUACAGUUUACGUUCUCAUUUAAAUAAUGGCUAUUUUACACCAAUGACAAUAAAAUAAAUGAACAAUAAGUAACCAAACAAAUAAUGACGUAAUACAUUGUUUUACCCUUGUAUUGUAUUGAUUAGCUUUUCGGUACCUUAGCGACAGCGUAAUUUAUGGUUUAUAGUUAAGCAAUUUUGAUACAAGUAUGACACAUUUAUAGUGUCAUGUAAUACAUAACCUACAUGAGUAGGUAUGUAUGUUCUACUUAUCGAGAAUUUUCCAUUAUGCAUUUAUCAGAUAUAAAAGAAAAUCAAUCUACGUCUGUCCUUCUUAAUGUGUCACAAAAAUCUAUUUGCCAAAAUAAGUAAAAUCUCUUUAAAUAUUAUCUUGUCAAAAAAAUGGUUCUAUAAAAAUCUCUUUUCUUAAUUAUUCUUCAACAAUUUAGUAUUCCAUUUACUUUCUAGUCCAUCUUACAUACAGAUCCACUAAAUCAAUUACGAUAGAUGUAAAUAUGUACGUAAUGUAGAAUCUACAUCUUUUCCCAACGUUUUAGACUUACGGUACCCAAAUAUUUACUCUUGAUGGUUGUGUGUGUCACAAAUUGGUGUAUUCAGUGUCGGAUUAAUUCAGAGCUUUUAAAAAUUCCUAUCAAGAAGCUUUUAGUUUAACAUCUACUGAAUCCUCAGCCAGAACUUUGUAGCAUGCGACCUGGCAGUGAUCAGCCCUGACUUGACUUAAUGUCACAACGCCCUCUGCCCCAAUUAGGGUACUAGGGUUCCAUAGAAGUCGUCCAUCGCGAUCUGUCUUGAGCUUCCCGCUUCACCUCGCUCAUACCGAUGCCCGCCGCUUCGCCAACACUGGUCGACAUCAGUCGACCAUGAUUCUUUUUUUCCGGAGGAUUACAAUUCGAUCGACCAGCCCUGCACAUGAUCAUCUUUUAAGAGCCAGUUUAUCAUGAGCUUGCUUUCUAUGAUCUUUCUACGCAGUAAACGGUCAGUUUAUACUGGUUAUGCAUAGUACAAUCAGGGUUUCACCUGGUUCUCCUGGUUCAGGGUUCUCUCUUCUCAGGGUUCUCUCAGAAUUCACCUGGUUCUCCUGCGUAUCCGUCACUGAGUAUAUUACUCUUUUUACAUCUUUAAUGAUGGCUUAUUCAGUUCGGAAAGGCUUCUACUAACUUACAAAAUAUUAAUAGAAAAAAGUUUACAGUUCUAACCCUUUUUUUGAUCAUUCCUUUGCCUUAUAGACUGAGUAUAAUGUACCUAGAUCUCGUUUUCAAGAUAAUUUACAUUCAAAUAUUAAAACGUCAUCUUUCUUACUAAAACGUUUAUUCCAAUAAUAUAUUCCUUAUCAUGCAUUCCCCUAUUAUUUAGUUUGUAGAUUAAAAAGUAUUCUUUUACCCAAAAUAAUUAUAAAUGUGUAAUGUUUACCUUUUGGUUGUAUAAACAUGUUUAAAACUUUUGUUAAACAGUUUUCAAUUGGUUUCUGUAACUCAGAAACGUUCCAUAUUGGUGUAGUAUUUUAGUCUAUAAAAUAAUGACAUUAAAUCGAUUUAAGUGUCAUGGUGUAUUUGAUUAUGUCAGCAAUUGUCUGUAAAUUUAUUUUGUUUGUACUAAAUGUAUUCAUUUUAUCUAUGUAUAACAUGUUCUAAUAUCGUCUUAUCUAUGUUUAACUUACUGAAGCUGUAAUAGAAUGUUUAAGUAUUUAUUCAAUAAUAGAUAUAGUGUCUGUAGGGAAAGAACAGCCACACUCUAGGGGCAGAUUUGUUGACCCUUGAACCCCAAACCUUAUAAAAAGUUACUAAAACUAUAGGAAUCAAGUUGUAGCACAAGCUACUUGUACCUAUUGUGAUUCCUAUAGUAUUAGAAUUCAGAGUAGUUGUUCAAACACAUCAAGCCCUUUAUAUGAAUGAAAGUUUAAGAAAACUGAUAAAAUAUAAUAUGUAAAUACAAUUUCUCUUCUUCAGUAACAUCAAAAUAUGUAUUUAAAGGUUACCUACAUCUAUUCUCUUAAAAAUGUUCUCAUAAAUAUUGACUAUCGAAUGAAAAAUUAUUGUUUUAUAUUCAUCUAACAAAUACCUACUCCAAAGUUAAAUUGUAAAGUAACUUGUCUAUAGUUAUAUUUUAGUAGAUUUUUCCAUUUAUCCAAUUUUCUAAUUACUUAGGACUUUAUUUAUUCAUGCAAGUUUUCUUAAUAAUUUGGAUAAUUAUUCGCUUACGCUUAAGCCUCGUACCCACUAGGAACAUUUGUCGAGAAACAUGUGUCCCCGGAGACAUUGGGCGAUGUCGGGCGACGUCAGACGACAUCGCCGCGACAUUGUUGAAACUGUUCCUUAUCGCACAGACAACAAUGUGUCGCUCGACAAAUGUUUCUACUGGAGACAACGCUUUAUUUUCCGAUGUUGCCGCAACAAAAAAGUUGCUUGCUAACAUAUAUCUCAGUGUUCUAGUUGGAUAGUUUUAUUGUAAUUCUAUAUUGUGAUGUUAUAAAAAGUAUUAAAUACUUGUAACUGUCUUGUGAAUCUCUGUACUGUACCUAUUAAAAUUAUUUAAUUACACUUGCGUAUUGAACGCACUUUUUUGUUUGUAUGAAAUUUAAGUAAUAUAUUGUUGUUGAGUAUUAUUAUAACUUAUUAAAUUAUCGAAAUAUAGACGCCAGACUGCAGUUUGUUGUUUAAAACAUUAUUACCAUGCUAAGGCAUUUUUAGGAAUAUCGUGCAUAUUCAUUAAAUGCUUCACAGGUCAUAUAAAUUUAAAUAUAUUUUUUUCUUGUAAUUCAAAAUCUAUUUCAUUAACCAAGUCUUGGCGUCUGGUUUAUAAGUAUUUAUAUUGUAGUAAUAGCAGUUUAUCUAUAUUUUAACUUAAAAGUAUUAGUCGUAUUUUAUUUUAAGCUGCAUAAUUAUGAUAUGUUCUAUAUCUAUAUUCUUAAUUAUUAUUAUGCACAAUUUAAAUGUUCUGUAACGUAGUUUAAACUUUAUGUACUCGAAACUAUGAUAUAUUUUUCCGUGAACUUUGUAUCUCUUUAAAGAUCUGAUUAUGGUUGUAUUUAUAUAGCGUGUUGUUAUAAUUCAGUGUUCUCACAAUUCUGGGUUGUCAAAUAAAUGCUAAAAUAUAGGUGUCUAUUGUAACUUUUGUAAUUUAUGGCAAUAAAAUAUUCUUUGCUAGUACAAAUAACCAUUUUGUAAGUACAAAUGAAGUCGAAAGAAGAACUAAUCACUUAUUAUUGUUACUCUAUUCUCUACUUAUUACUUAUUAUUGUUACAUGUGGAUUGUGGAGGUUUAAAUUGUAUCGCGAAAUUAUUAAUGAAUUUACUUACAUUUGUACUAUAAGCUAUUUAUCUAUUGCCAUGUUUACUCUUAUUGUUAAACAAAAAGUAAAACAUAUUUGAGAGGCAUCUUCAUGUCAAACUGAGUAGUUUCGCACAAAACACCUGAUUUCCCUUCUGGUAGAAUAGCAUCUGUACAUCAGUGUCGUAUUUUGACUUCAUCAAUUUUCUUCAAAACUACGUUCUAACGCCCAGAGUCUUUUGAUCGACGAUACCUUACUCGACAGUGGCGCCAACUAGUGAACACUAAAAUGACGAAUUUAGAAAAAAAAUCUUGAGCAAUGAGACUGAAUUGUAAUUUCAAACCAUUAGUCAGUCUUCAAUUAGUGGAAUCAUGGACUACCAUGCUCUUUCAUACAUCUUAUUAGCGCCCUCUAUUGAGUACAAAACCUAAGACUCUUGUUAUAAAAAGUUGUUGCUUUGCGCCUUAUGUAAAAUUUGUCUUUACGUAAAAUUUUUGUCUAUAAAAAGCCUCAUAGUAUUUCAUAUUUGAAUGUGGCUUAAUGUGACAUCAACAGCAAUAAUUAUUAUGUGAAAUAUUUAAGUAUUUAUUUAUUAGUUAUUUAGUAUUACAUAUAUUAUAAUAAACUUCCAUUUAUUGAGCAUAAGAAAUUAGCCUUAAUUGCAUUUAUCACAGUGGUUGGCUACGCCUUACAUAUUAUACUCAUUUUAAGUGCAUAUUAUUGUACGAUUUGACAAAUAUGAUAUUGUAAUUUUGUCAUCACAAUUGUAUUUAUUUUCUAUGACAUAUCUACAUAGUAUAUCAUCAUAUUUUAUGAAAUAACUUAUGUUAUCAUGAACGUGUCAUAGGAUCAGUGGUUUACGUGUCAAUCAGUUUAUAUAUCUACAAUAUUGAUAGCAAGCAUUGCCUGUAUCUCUACUGCUUCAUUUGGGAUCACCAACAGGCAAUAUAACAGCCAAAUACCGAAUCAAUUCAAAUAUAAAAAAUGUAUUAUUUAAUCUAUUCUGAACACGAUGUACCUAUGUAAAUUAAUGUGACACUGGCUAUCGGCUUAAUAAUUCUACUCUUGUUAACUUAAUGAUGAGGAUUUUAAAAAGUACACAUAAACAUACCUUUUUAUUUAAUAUGUAAUUUUGCGUCAUGAUAAUAAUGUGAGUAUUUUAUGAAUGUUAAAAAUUGGUGUUGUAUAAUCCAUUUAAAUUUAAAUAUUAUUAAAAUAAAUGAUGUAUCAAAA